CUCAUUUCUCUCACGUUCGCUCAUCUCGCGCUCAUCCAUCUCACGUGCAUCCAUCUCACGCUCAUCUGUUUCGCCCUUAUCUAUUCCACGUGUAUCCUUCCACGUUCAUCUAUUUCGCGUUUUACGUCUCAUUUUUAUCCGCCUAUCUCUCGAAUACUUCCGCCGGCCGAUAAUUUCCUCUUCCUCUUGAAGCUUUCCCUAGCGGCUAACGGAGUUUACCUAUCAGCCAUGUCUCUUGACCUGAUUCGGCCGUACUAUGAGGAAUUCAAAAGUAUGCAAGAGACGCUUGAUCUUUUUGCAGAAGACGUUCCAUUAGAUACAGGGAAGCUAAAAAAGUUUGGCCCAAUAAAAGAUUUCUGGAGUCAGAAGAAGACAGUUGGUAGAGGAAAGUCAACCGAAAAAAGAUAUCAGAAGACCCGAACGGUACUGAUUCAACUUUUCAAAAUGGGGCGCGAUCCCUUUUUCUUAUGCGUGCUUUCUAUGUCUACAACAACGAUAGGAGGCAUUACAAAAAUAGAAAACUUUUAUAAGGCGCUAAUAUGGUGGAUGGAACAUGAAGCUAAAAUCUCGACCUCUUUUAAAGAGUAUACUUCUCAGCUUUAUAAAGAGCAUGAAAGCUUUUUUACAAAACAUCUUGAAACAGGCGAAAGAUCAUCAAUUGGCUUAGAGGAUACGCCAGAGAUAGAGCGAACUUCUUAUGACAUACCCAGUCGCCAAACUACUCCAAGCGAGGAUGUCUUAAUGCAAGAUAAUACAUCAAGCUACAUUCAAGAAAAUUUACCACAACCCUCUCCAAUUCGCAGUGAGGAUAUAAGACCAAACUCCCCAACAGAAAUCCACUUCAGAAAAACAACUAUGUGUGCAUUAGAGAAUGGACAGGUUUUUUCUAUACCUAACAACAGCUUUUAUGCCUUAUCAACAGACAGAAUCAUUGAGAAAGGGGCUCAUCUGGUAUUACCAGGCGAUUCAUUUUCCAAACCAAUCAUAGUGUAUGAAGUUACACCAGAAACGGCCUACCAUAUCCAGCGGUUGGUAAAAAAUGAGGACUUGAAAUGAAUAGGUUGUAUCUCAAGUCAUUCUUUUUUGCAUCUCUUACAUAUAUAAGUUCGGCAUACUAUAUUUAAGAAGCAACCUUAACAAUUCCUAUUUUACACGUCUUAUAUAUCUUCAAACCAUUACUAUCCUCAUCUUCUCCAUAACAAACAAAUCCUAACCCUGGUUCCCACGGUAUAAUAGCUGUGUGUAAUUUAUACUGAUAUGGUGCUACUGUUUUUAAAAAUUUAGUAGUAGACCCGUAGUGGUAAAACCUAAUUUGGGC